UCUUUCUGGUUUUGCUGUUAAGUCACUGUAUUUAUGUCUGCAUGCAUGAGUACAAUCACAUGAAUUUAUAAUUAAAGCUGUAUUUAUGUAUUCUCUCCUUGUACAGUGACCUUGAGCUUUGGAAAGGCACUUUAUAAAUAAAACUUAUUUGUAAAUGUUCUUUAUUUCAGGGGAUGCAAUCAGACAAAUCAAUGACCUCAAAUUUAAGCUUGUCAAAUCAGAGCAAGAAGUCACAGCACUUGAACAGAAUGUCACAAGGCUCGAGGGUCAUGUGACCCGUUACAAAGCUGCAUCUGAAAAUGCAGAGAAGGUGGAGGACGAACUCAAAGCUGAGAAACGCAAAAUGCAGCGAGAGUUACGCUCUGCACUGGAUAAGAUUGAAGAGUUGGAGUCCAGUAACAGCCACCUCUCGAAAAGGCUGGAGAAGAUGAAGAGCGGCCGGGGAACAGCAACUCCCUAAUAGUUUCAGCUCUGUCCCAUAAUCUGUCCGAAUUCACCUCCACUGCCUAUCCAUUUCCCAUCAUUCUGAACCUAAAGCAAUGUUGAUAAAACUAUAAACAACCCCAUGAGAACCCUGCUACCGUGCCAUUUCUUCCUGUUUAUCCAUUUAGGUUGAGUUCUUCAUCUUUGGAGAAUCCAAUCAGGACUCUCAAAGGAAGCAGGAGGACACUUGUGUGCCUCAUUUAAAAGCACAAACACUGUAGUUCAAAAAGUUAGAAUGGUAAUUGUCACGUGAAUGUUGCUGAAUUUAUUUGAGCUUAAUGUGCAAGGCUGUCUGAGAUUAUUUGGAGAAGGAUCUUAAAAGAAAAUGUAUGGAUUCGUAAUGUGAAGAUAAGGACAUGUUGUCCAGCUCUAGGAAGUCUGGAUAACCAUUUGUUUGGUUAAAGACACCAGUUGCUUCUCUAAGACAAGACAGAUGAGUAUGUGUGAUUGUGCGCGUUUGAUGCUUUCAUGUGUUCCACUUGCAAAGAUAUUUUAUUAGCACUAUUUAGUCGUCUAGAUCUUAUAUAUCCGAAGCCAAAUGUUCUGGAGUAAUAUUAAGGUCUCGCAGCUGGCUCUUGCCAUCUGUGUUCCUUUAUUUUUUUUCCUCUAAUGAAUUGUCUAUAAUGGUCUUCCUGACAUGCUGAAAGACCAGUAUGACAUACAUAAUUGAGGAUGAAUACCGAUUCCUAGUGAAUUUUGUUGUUGCAUUGACGCUGACAACUGAACCACAUACAUCAGAAAGUUGUUCUAUUUCAGGCUAAGCAGCAACUUUUGGUGUUGUUGUUUUUGACAAAAUUUAACAGAAAUAACCUCCAGGUGAUAAAGUCUGGAAGAUUCAGAACGGUCAAACCUAUUAUGAGGAAUGAUGUGAUCAGAAGCAUUAGUUGAAGACUGUUGUGAUCACUAGCACCAUUUAUUAUCACCAGCCUGGAUGAGAGGCGGCUCCACCCAGUUUACAAUGCUUUAAACCAUUUGUAGGUUAACUAUGAAUUAUGAUCUGCAAUAAAAUGUAAAUUUUAAUAAAAA